AUGGGGAAAGAGGAUGCAUAUGGAGCCAGCGCUGGCGCUGGUGUCUCCAAGUCGAAAAGAGGAGGCCCCCAUGCCGCAUUCAAACGCCUUCCGUUCAAUUUCUGCUCUCUAUCGCUACAACCAUUCUCGCAUCCCGUCUGCACACAAACGGGAGUCAUCUUCGAUCUGACCAACAUCUUGCCGUGGAUCAAAAAACACGGGACAAACCCAGUGGAUGGAUCACCUUUGAAAAGCUCAGACUUGAUCAAGCUCACAUUCGCGAAGAAUGAAGAGAACGAGUACAUCGACCCGGUGACCUACAAGGUUUUAACCGAUAAUACGCACAUUGUCGCGCUACGAAAUACCGGAAAUGUGUUUGCUUGGGAUACAAUCGAGCGACUAAACAUCAAGGGAAAGAUCUGGCGCGAUCUGGUCACCGACGAAGAGUUCACCCGCAAGGAUAUCAUCACCCUACAAGACCCGCAAAAUCUCGAGUCGCGUGAUCUCAGCACUUUCAACUACAUCAAGGAGGGUCAAACGGGCGUUAUCGAGGGACAGCAGACCACUGAGAGUGUGAACACCAAUGCGCUUGGCAGUUCAGCCAAGAUUCUCAAGGCCAAGGAGGCGGUGGCCAAGGCUCGCGCUGAGCGCGCUCAGCAGGCUGGAUCUGCUACUCCCAAGGCCGUCGCGAAGCCAGGACCAAAUACGACCUCCAAGUCUGCCGCUUCCCAAUCAGCAAAGCCUACGCCUUACAAUGCAGCACGAUACACGACUGGUAAAGCCGCUGCCUCUUUCACCAGUACUGGAAUGGCCGUCCAUACAUCCGCCGAGCUUGCCCUUCUCUCCGAAGAGGAGUACAUGUUGAAGCGCGGACGAGUCAAGGGCAAAGGCUACGUACGUCUCGAGACUACGGUCGGUCAUUUGAAUUUAGAGCUUUAUCCUGAAUUCGCUCCGAAAGCCGUGUGGAACUUUAUUUCACUUGCCAAAAAAGGUUACUACAAGGAUGUCACCUUUCACCGCAAUAUCAAAGGGUUUAUGAUCCAAGGUGGAGAUCCUACGGGGACUGGUCGGGGCGGCGAGAGUAUCUGGGGCAAAAACUUUGCGGAUGAGUUUGAUGGGCCGCUAAAGCAUGACAGCCGUGGCACACUGAGCAUGGCCAACAAGGGCAAAAACACCAAUAGUAGUCAAUUCUUUAUUUCUUACCGAGCUCUGCCGCACCUUGACCGCAAACACACCGUCUUUGGGCGACUAAUUGAUGACCCGACUCCUUCAUCGACCACUCUCAACAGUCUUGAAACCCACCCGGUAGAACCGAAUACCAAUCGGCCCACCCCUGAGGUGCGAAUUAAGGACGUGACCAAGAACCAAGAUCUAUCUACCACUAAUGACGACGAUCUCGGUGAUGUCGAUGACAACCAAAUAACUUGGACAGGCAAGCGAGUGCGUGGGCCGGGUACUAGCUCGCAUGACGCUUCUUCGGGCGUUGGCAAGUACCUUCAGGCCGCACUAGCCGAACAAGAGGACGAAAUAGUGGAAUAUGUCGAUGAAGAUCCUGAACCGGAGCCUGCACGCAAGAAAGUUAAAGGAACAGGCGGGUUCGGGGAUUUUAGCUCAUGGUGA